UGGGUCCCCCAGGCAAUAGGGGAUCAUGGGGCCCCUGUGUCCUUGCCCACACUCAAAAAAGCCUAUGAAAAAGGGCGGGGCAAUCUACAUUUAGUAACAAGAGACACACAGGUAUUCAAACUUCACACCAGCAGACAGUCCCAUCAGGAGGGAGGGCUGCUGGAGACACCCCCCCAGGGUCGGACUGACAACUCAUGGGGCCCCGGGCAAUAGGGGAUCAUGGGGCCCCUGUGUCCUUGCCCAAAUUCAAAAAAGCCUAUGAAAAAGGUACCAAGGGCAUCUCAUGGGGCCCCCUACUGACCCCGGGCCCUCAGGCAGUGUCGGAGUUUCCAAAUGGUCAGUCCGCCCCUGCACCCCCCC